GUCCAUUUGGUUCGAUGGGUUUGGGACCUCCAUGGGAAUGGGGAUUUGCUGAAUCGAGGUCCGGAUUCGAGAUUGGGCGCCGGGGAGUUUGAAGAGAGUGAGAUGGAGAGGCUGAUGGUGAUUGGCAUGGCUUGUGCUCACCCAAAUCCUGACUUUAGGCUCUCGGCUAGACAAGCUCUUCAGGUGCUCAAUUUUGGUGCUCCUGUGCCUCUGCUGCCAUUGAACAUGCCUGUCCCGACUUACGUCGUCUCUGCGCCAUCAUCGACCGAUGGAGGAACUUCAGGUGGUAGCAAUAGUAACCUUUCUUCAUCGAUGUCUUCCGGUGGCCGCGGUUCGAGUGGCCGGCGGAAUGAGGGUUUCUCCGGUGCUAGUAGUACUAGUACUGCUCCCUUGAGGUUGAACGCAUCCAGGAGUGAAGUACUGGUUCUUCCUUCAUCCACAAUUUCAAGUGCACCGCCGGUUACAGUUUAG